CCACACUUGUGCGUUGCGCGUAUCAUCGUCUUCGAACACGGAGCUGCGAGAGCAAGAAGAGAACCAUCCAUGGCUUCACCUUCGCCUUCGAGUCACCUCUCGCUCCUCUCCAAGCCUUCGCCGCCACCGCCGACGCCGCCGCCGCCACGGCCGCUUGGCCUCCGCUUCCAAUUCCCGCCGAGCCGGUCCUCCGCCGCGCCCUCGCUCUCUCGACCGGCCGGUUCUAGGUUCAGGUGCUCGGCCAGCCAGACGGGCUUCUUCACUCGGCUCGGCCGGUUGAUCAAGGAGAAGGCGAAGAGCGACGUCGAGAAGAUAGUUUCUGGAUUCUCGAAGACCAGAGAAAACCUCGCGGUCAUCGAUGAGCUCCUCCUUUACUGGAACCUCGCCGACACCGAUCGCGUCCUCGAUGAACUCGAAGAGGCUCUGCUAGUGGCCGACUUUGGUCCGAAAAUUACGAUUAGGAUUGUGGAUAGAUUGCGCGAGGAUAUAUUGGCGGGAAAGCUUAAAUCGGGAGCUGAGAUAAAGGAUGCGUUGAAGAAGAGUGUUUUGGAGUUGUUAACCAAAAAGGGGAGCAAAACCGAACUCCAACUUGGUUUCAGGAAACCGGCUGUGGUAAUGAUUGUUGGUGUUAAUGGAGGUGGGAAAACAACUUCUCUUGGAAAGCUGGCUCAUAGACUAAAGAGAGAAGGAGCAAAGGUACUAAUGGCGGCAGGUGACACCUUCAGAGCAGCUGCUAGUGAUCAGCUUGAAAUUUGGGCUGAGAGGACUGGGUGUGAGAUUGUAGUGGCCGAAGGAGAGAAGCCUAAAGCAUCAUCAGUGCUCUCCCUGGCUGUGAAAAGAGGGAAAGAACAAGGAUUUGAUGUUGUCUUAUGUGACACUUCCGGACGUCUGCACACUAACUACAGCUUGAUGGAAGAGCUGAUCGCAUGUAAGAAAGCUGUUGCCAAAGUGGUUCCCGGUGCACCAAAUGAACUUUUAUUGGUUCUGGAUGGGACAACAGGAUUGAAUAUGCUUCCACAGGCGAGAGAAUUCAAUGAAGUGGUUGGUGUGACAGGUUUCAUUUUGACAAAACUUGAUGGUUCUGCAAGAGGUGGCUGUGUGGUCAGUGUGGUUGAUGAGCUGGGCAUCCCUGUAAAGUUUGUGGGUGUCGGUGAAGGAGUUGAAGAUCUCCAACCCUUUGAUGCCGACGCUUUUGUUGAUGCAAUAUUUGCAUGAGGUUUUAAUGUUGAUGGUUCAAGCUGAGCAUGGGACUUUAUCAAUUUCUCUGGCCAAACAAGGGACUCUAUCGACAAGAUUCACAGGAAAUGCAACUGAGAUUCUACCGAUAGAAUGUGAAAAGACUUCCUUCCCUGGGGUCGAGGAAUUGCUUAUGGCCUAUGCGCGUUGAAGACCAGAGCCCUGCUUCUGGAGUUGGAAAGGUGAAUAACGGUUUACAAACAAUGAAUCAUUGCUUUCCCUC